AUGGUUUUCGUCAAGACUGUCAAGAACAAGGCUUACUUCAAGCGUUUCCAAGUCAAAUACAGAAGAAGACGUGAGGGUAAAACUGAUUACUACGCUCGUAAGAGAUUAGUUACCCAAGCCAAGAACAAGUACAACUCACCAAAGUACAGACUUGUUGUUCGUUUCACCAACACCGAUAUCAUUGCUCAAUUCGUUUACUCUAAGAUUGAAGGUGAUUACGUUCUUUCUGCUGCUUACGCUCAUGAAUUACCAAACUACGGUAUCAAGGUUGGUUUAACUAACUGGGCUGCUGCUUACGCUACUGGUCUCCUUGCCGCUCGUCGUGUUCUUAAGAAGCUCGGUCUUGACACUAAGUACGAAGGUGUUACUGAACCAAAUGGUGAACACUAUGAAGUCGAAGAAAACGAAGAAGGUCCACGUCCAUUCAAGGCCUUCCUUGAUGUUGGUCUUAGACGUACUACUACCGGUAGCAAGGUCUUCGCUGUUAUGAAGGGUGCUGCUGAUGGUGGUGUUCUUGUUCCACACAGUGAAACCAGAUUCCCAGGUUACGAUUCUGAAGAAAAGAGUCUUGACGCCGAAGUUCUUAGAGAUUACAUCUUCGGUCAACACGUUGCUGAAUACAUGCGUACUCUCGAAGAAGAAGAUGAAGAAAAGUACAAGAAGCAAUUCUCCAGAUUCAUUGCUGCUGGUGUUUCCGCUGAUGAUCUUGAAGGUAUUUACACUGAAGCCCACAAGAAGAUCCGUGCCAACCCAGAAUACGUCAAGAAGGAACGUGCUCCACUUACUGAUGAACAAAAGGCUCAACUCAAGAAGUUCAAGACCCAAAAGCGCAACCUCAAGCAAAGAAAGGACCGUAUCAGACAAAAG